AGCGUGGGCGAAGGUUUGGGAUUCAAGCAAAGCCCCGAAGAGGGGCGGAAGUGAGGCUCGGGGGAGGAUUUAGGGAGGGGGACCGCCCUUGCUCGGAGCGGUGCCUUUGAGUGGCCGGGGAAUCAGGAGCAAGAGAAGGGAGCGCAGGGCUGCUUGAAGGAGCGAGGUAUCUGCUGAGCUGGUCUCCCCAACAACAACUCCGCGAGGACUCAAGGCGGUGUACAGUCAAGAAAAAUAUAGACACACAAACAUCAUAAAACAGGGCCUUGAUAGUACAGGGGUUUAGUGCACCCUGUAAUUAACACAGCUGCCUGCAAUUUCUGCUGGUUCGAAUCUCUCCAAGGCUCAAGGUUGACUCAGCCUUCCAUCCUUUCUAAGGCAGCGAUGGGUCGUUAUAUGGGAUAUCGCCCGAUUGCAGCCAAGGCCAAGAAAAUCCGCGAAUACUGGGCUUUAAAAAACCGACCUCGUGACUCCCAACGUUAUGCGGUGGAUUACGAGAAGAUGACCCGAGCUUUCACAGGCAAACGCCUCCCAGUGCUGGCCUGGGAGGAUGUGAGGAAUGAGAACAGGCUUUUUAUGCUCCUUUCCCGGUUGCGCCUCUUUGGCAUUGGCAGGAUGGUCACCCGUAAAUCCUGGCUAUGGGAAUACGAUGAGCCUUGCUAUUGGGUCAUUACUAAAAUAAAAGUCGAUUAUACGGCCGAGAAAAUGGAAUAUGGAAAGGCUUGGGGAUAUCUGACAUUUAGAGGCAAGCCCGAAACCGAAGAGAAAGAAAUAGACAAAGUAAUGUACCACGACUGGCGCAUGGUACCAAAACACGAGGAGGAAGCCUUUAAGAAAUUUACCCCUCCUGAGGAAGAGGAGAAAGUCCGGUAUGUCCUCUACCCACCACUGCUGCGGGCCAUGAUCCUUGCGCAGAGACAGAAGGAAGGCAAACUGACUGACGAAGAACCGAUGCUUGAUUUGGAGCCGACGGUUCACCUCCAAAAUUGGUCCCCCAGAAAACAAGCCGAAGGGACUCCAGUCUGAAGGCUUUAGGACUUUAGGAUACGGCUCUUGGUUUGUAACGUUCUCAGGUGUGAUCACACAGCCCAGUUUUCCUAUUCUGCCUUGCACUGAGAUGUUUCCGUGAAAUACGAUCCUGUCGCUGAGGCUGGGUGGGGGGAAACUCCCCCCCACCAGCAAUAAGUAAAAUUAUAAGACAA